CGAGCGAGCCGCCCGGAGGUGGGUGCGCUGCGGCCGGCGGGCGAGGCGGAGAGCGGAAGCGGAGCCCCCUCCAUCCCAUCGGAAGAGGAAGGAACAAAAGGUCCCGGGCCCCCCGGAUCUGACAGGGCGGGACCUGGCGCCUCGGUGCAGGAUAGAUUCACAAGACUAUUUCCCUAGUGUGGAGCUCCUUGGGUAAGAGUAUGUCGUCCAUCUUGCCUUUCACUCCGCCAGUGGUGAAGAGACUGCUGGGAUGGAAGAAAUCUGCUGGUGGGUCUGGAGGAGCAGGAGGAGGAGAGCAGAAUGGACAGGAAGAAAAGUGGUGUGAGAAAGCAGUGAAAAGUCUGGUGAAGAAGCUAAAGAAAACAGGACGAUUAGAUGAGCUUGAGAAAGCUAUCACCACUCAAAAUUGUAAUACUAAAUGUGUUACCAUACCAAGCACUUGCUCUGAAAUUUGGGGACUGAGUACACCAAAUACGAUAGAUCAGUGGGAUACAACAGGCCUUUACAGCUUCUCUGAACAAACCAGAUCUCUUGAUGGUCGCCUUCAAGUUUCUCAUCGAAAAGGGUUACCACAUGUUAUCUAUUGCCGGUUAUGGCGCUGGCCUGAUCUUCACAGUCAUCAUGAACUCAAGGCAAUUGAAAACUGCGAAUAUGCGUUUAAUUUAAAAAAGGAUGAAGUAUGUGUAAAUCCUUACCACUAUCAGAGAGUCGAGACACCAGUUUUGCCUCCGGUGUUAGUGCCACGACACACUGAAAUUCUAACAGAAUUACCGCCUCUGGAUGAUUAUACCCACUCCAUUCCAGAAAACACUAACUUCCCAGCGGGAAUUGAGCCACAGAGUAAUUAUAUUCCAGAAACACCACCUCCUGGAUAUAUCAGUGAAGAUGGAGAAACAAGUGAUCAACAAUUGAACCAAAGUAUGGACACAGGCUCUCCAGCAGAACUGUCUCCUACUACUCUCUCCCCUGUCAAUCAUAGCCUGGAUUUGCAGCCAGUUACUUACUCAGAACCUGCGUUUUGGUGUUCAAUAGCAUAUUAUGAAUUAAACCAGAGGGUUGGAGAGACUUUCCAUGCAUCACAGCCCUCGCUCACUGUAGAUGGCUUUACAGACCCAUCAAAUUCAGAGAGGUUCUGCUUAGGUUUGCUCUCUAAUGUUAACCGAAAUGCUACAGUAGAAAUGACAAGAAGGCAUAUAGGAAGAGGAGUGCGCUUAUAUUACAUAGGUGGGGAAGUUUUUGCUGAGUGCCUAAGUGAUAGUGCAAUCUUUGUGCAGAGCCCCAAUUGUAAUCAGAGAUACGGCUGGCACCCUGCAACAGUGUGUAAAAUUCCACCAGGCUGUAACCUGAAGAUCUUCAACAACCAGGAAUUUGCUGCUCUUCUGGCUCAGUCUGUUAAUCAGGGUUUUGAAGCCGUGUACCAAUUAACUAGAAUGUGCACCAUAAGAAUGAGUUUUGUGAAAGGAUGGGGAGCAGAAUAUCGAAGACAGACGGUAACAAGUACUCCUUGCUGGAUUGAACUUCAUCUGAAUGGACCUCUACAGUGGUUGGACAAAGUAUUAACUCAGAUGGGAUCCCCUUCAGUGCGUUGCUCAAGCAUGUCAUAAAGCUCAUCACCAACUGAGUCCCAUCAAAAGACUUAAUGUAACAACUCUUCUGUCAUAGUAUUUGUGUAUGGUCUCGAUGGACUGUUUGCUAUCCAAAAAUUCCAGAGAGAAAACAGCACUUGAGGUCUCAUCAGUUAAAGCACCUUGUGGAAAUCUGUUUCCUAUAUUUGAAUAUUAGAUGGGAAAAUUAGUGUCUAGAAGUGUCUUCCCAUUAAGGGGGAAAAGAAGAUUUAAAGACUUAAUGGUAUCUUGUUGGGCAUAAGACUGAGUGUCCCAAAGGUUUAUUAAUAACAGUAGUAGUUAUGUGUACAGGUAAUGUAUCAUGACCCAGUAUCGCAGUAUUGUGCCGUUUAUAUACAUUUUAGUUUGCAUAAAUGAGGUGUGUGUGUGUACUGCUUCAUGAUCUAGGCAAGCCUUUAUAAAGUUACAGUACCUAAUCUGUUAUUCCCACUUCUCCGUUAUUUUUGUGUCUUUUUUAAUAUAUAAUAUAUAUCAAGAUUUUCAAAUUAUCAUCUAGAAGCAGAUUUUCCUUGUGGAAAAACUAAUUUUUCUGCCUUUUACCAAAAAUAAACUCUUGGGGGAAGAAAAGUGGAUUAACUUUUGAAAUCUAUGAUUUUAAUGUGUUCAGUCGGGCUUAACAGUCAUUCUUUUUAUGUUUGUUUAUUUUCUGCUAAAUCUCAUUAUAAGGAAACCAUACUGAAAACCUUUCCAAGCCUCUUUUCUUCAUCCCACUUUUGUUCUGAUACCAAAACAGUGCAGCGUGACAUCAUUGCCAAUUGUGCUGACACUGCUGGCACCAGUUAAUUCUGGGUCCAGUAAAAGUUCAUGCAGAGUAAGUUCCCUUGUCUUAGAACCAGAUUUCAACAGAUAAUAAUUGACUUGUGUAACCUAUCAGUGUAUUGAUUUAACCUUCCGUAUUCUCAUAACGAAUGCACAAGUGGCAGUAUAAUUGUUUUCAGGGAUAUGCUAGAAUUACUUCAGUAUAUUUAUCCUUUUUAAAGCCAAUCUAUAAAUAUAAAUACCAUUUUUUAAAAGGUAUUUUAAAAUAUUUCAGCAGCAGGCCUUCUGCUCUUUGAUUUAAGUAGCUUCAUUUGACUUACUUACCAGAUUGUAUUAUGAAAUGGACCUUUUAUAAAUGUAAUUGCUUCUGCAAAAAUACCUAGAAAAGUGAUGCUGAGGUAUGAUCAGCAGUUAAGGGCCAUCUGUUUUUAAAGUAUGUUGUAUUCAAUUUAUAAAUUGAAUGUUAUUUUACAUAAUUAAGAAUUCAGAAUUUUUAAAAUUGGGGGAGAAACUGUUUAGCAAGUUUUUUAGCUUAUAAUUACCUGCAGUCUGAGCUGAUCUUAACUAAUCCUGGGUAUGUGGUUGACCAUAUUUUAUGCUCUACAGUGAGAGGAGAUUCCAGCAGCUCUGUUGGGAGUCCAUUCUGCAGCAAGUUAUUAUUAUGUCUAAUGUUGACUCAUUGCAAUGUAGACAUUUCUUCUUGUUUGCAUCUUAAUAGAAAUGGAAAAUACCACUCCUGAUCCUUUUUUCGUAAAUUUUCAUAUUUUUGAAGAUAGAUACCUUUGGUACUUGUUCUUUGAGACCAUAUUCACCUGUAUGUACAGGUAUCGUUUUCGAUACUUUCAGCAUUUGGUUGUUUUCUAUUGGAUACUCCCCCAUUUUCCUAUAUAUUUGUGUAUAUGUAUGUGUUCAUGUAAAAUUUGCUAUAGUAAUUUUUUUACUCAUUCAACAAAUAUUUAUUGUUCACCUGUUAUGUGCCAGGAACUUUCUUAGCCUUUGAGUAAAGGUGAACAAGACAGCUACAGUUCCUGCCUUUGCUGAGACAGCAGUUAUUCUAACCUGUAAUCAUCCUGUGAAGGAGAUAAACAGGGUACUGUGCUAGAGAAUAACAGAUGGGAUGCUUCAGGUAGGACAUCGGGAAGGCCUCUAAGGAAGUGAUGUUCAAGCUAACACCUGACCUAGAAGGACCAAACCAUGUGAAGAAUCAAGGGAGAUAAGCACUCCUGGUGAAGAGAAUACCAUCAAGUGCAAAGGCUCAUUCUAAAGGAGACUCACUCUUAGGUGUUAAUUCUUUAUACAGAAACCUCUACACAAAUCCAAACUUGAAGAUCAGAAUGGUUCUACAGUUUAUAAUAUGGUGAAGGUGGCCUUAUUUUGUGAUCGACUGCUUUGUGUCAUUAUCACUUACAUCUUCUUUCUCAAAUCUUGCUAUAAAAAUCUUGUUUGCACCAGGUCAAUACCACUUAAUCCACCAAUGCUUUCUUUGCAAUUUUUCACCAACAUAGUGACCUGCUGCUUGUUUCCAGACUUCCAACUGCCAGCUAAUUAUUACUUUGGCCUAUCUUGUGAUUAGAGUAAAUGUCCCAGUUAUUAACCACUGUCAGGCCUGCUGGAGGUAAUCUGUGGAGCGUCUAUCCUUUUGGGAAGUUUUUACAUGCAGGAAGACUAAUGUUAGGCAACAGAUCUGGAAGCUGAGAACAACUUUGAAUGUGGUAGAAGGUCCUGGCAGUUGAUCUUGCAUUGAUGUGUAGUAAAAUGAAGUAGUGCCAACUAUGGCAUUUCAAUAGUGGGGCACGUCUCCAUAUUUCAGGUGGGAUUUUUUUCUGUACAGCAUGGAACUGGGACUGAACUCUGGAGACACCUAUUGUAUUGAGCAGUUAUACUAUUGAGCAUUCAACUUAAGCACAGUGCUUUCUUUUGUAUGAAUGUUUAAUGAUCAUAUUUGCUUUUUAAUGAGAUACUGAUUUUUGCAUUAUAUUUUUUCUACUGUGGCCUAAUUUUUGUUCCUUUUUUUUUUCCUUUAUAGAGAUGGUUUUUAUUCCAAAUGAUAGGGUCUCCUCUCUUUUGAAUUGUCCUUAUUUAAUCAGCAAUAUUAUUUAGAAUUUAUUCUCCAUGGUACUGGUGGUAUCUGCACUGUAACACCCUGGGAACUAGAUCGCCAUGCUGCUAACCCAGUUCUAAAAUGAGUUGGGAUUUUCCCAGCAGCUCCACAAAGACGCUGUGAGGCUGGCUUAGGGUGUAGAGGCUAAUGCUGUUCCCACUGACUUUGGUUCAAUCAGUGGCAGCUUAUUUUAUAUUGGAGUUCUGUCUGAUAUUUCAAAAAAGAGUUUGAUUGCUUUUUUAAGAAUAAAAUUUGAAAAGUCUUUAUACCCAAGUUAGAAAAUAAAUCUGGAUUUGGGCCAGUCUUUUGGAAUACCACUGAAUUGUGCUCUUUCAUCCUGUUUAAAGAAGCUUUCCUGGUAAGGUCUGAACUAUGCCAAUUAUAGUAUACAUUCAGUCAGUGAACACUUAUUGAUACCUAUGUUUAUCCAGCCACUGUGACAGAUAUUGAAUAAUAAAAAGAUGACUAGGAUAUGGUUCUGGCCUCCAAUGGGGCUUAAUGUGUGGGGCUUAGUUGCUCUCAGACCUGUCACUUUGCCAGAAAAAAAUCUGCCUGAUUUUUCUUAAAUGCUAAGUAUUCCAUUUAUGUACUCUUACUCUGUAUUCUGAGUCCAUAUUUGCAAAUUAUUUAAUAUCUAGUUAUAUUUUUUACCUUAAACCAUAUGCUAUUUUAUUUGAUCCAUCUUUGAACAUCUUCAAAUUUUCUCCUUUGUUAAAAUUAUUUUAAUUUCACUUUAUUUAUACCUUUGUUGUAAGUUUUGGUUAAGACUAAGACUUUGAAAGUGAAAAACAAUCAGUCUAGUCUCUUGCUGGUUGAAAUCAAAUAAAAGAAAGUAUAUACCCAGUUGAUUUUCUACCUCUUCCAAAAACUGCCCAUAUAGACCUUGAAAAUCUAUCAUUUUAAAAAAUUACUAAAUAGUUUGAGCAUUUAUUCUGUGUUAGGCAUCCUUUUGAUCUUAUAGAUAUAAAGUAACACAAGACAAUCUUCACUGUACUUAAAAUUUAUCUUUAUGUACAGUCUUUGGUUUAAAGAUGAACAUUCCUAUUUGUCCCCUUCUGGCCAUCUCCCCAAGUAUCCCCCCCUGCCACCCCAGUGCUGGGGAGAGACCCAGGGCCUUUUGCACACUAGGUAAGCACUCUACCACUGAGCCCCAGCCUCCAGAGUAUCUCUAGAUAACUCACUAAUCCAUGGGUAUAAGCAACCAGGGAUCUUUCCUCUUAACUCUGAUCUAAGGCAUUGAUGUUUGAAUCAAUCAAAUUAUUGCCCAUUUUCUUCAUAUGCUUUACUUUGCUAAAUCCUUUAUAUUCCUCAACUGAAUUUUAUUUUUCUUACCCUCUGACAACAUGUAUCCAAGUGGUACUUGCUGAUUGUUCUUUCCCCUGUCAAUUUGUAUUUUAUCUGCAGAAUCAGAAUGUCUCUCUCCUUUGAAUUUUACUGUAAUCCAGAAAAGGAGGGUGCUUUCAUAUUCUGUCUUCAUUUUUUUUUUAAACCAAGAAUGUUAGUACUAAAAUUGGUACACUGCUUUAAUCUUAUAAAUGACUCUGAAAUUCUGUCCAGUUAAAUGCCUUUGUGACUGUCAAGUAGCAAAUUAUCAGAUUCUAUUUUAAGUUAUAUUUAAGAUUAUGGACUUUUCUGCCACUUGCAGCCAGUAAUUUCCCUUUCAUACCAGCCUUCUUCUAUCUCAGAGCACUGGAUUGUUGUUAUUUAGUACGGAUCAGGAAGACAAUGGUGUGUGGUCUCCAGAGAGUCAGAAUCCUGCUAUUGAGUUCCAUCUCUACCUUCCUAUUCAAGUUUUCAUGAAUAUUCUGUUUGGACUACCUUUUGUGUGCUGGGAUUAAGGGGCAAAUUAUCUUUUGGGAGUACAAUUGCUGAGUUUUGAGCCUCAACAGCUGGGAAAUGUGAGCUAUACUAGUCUUGUGACUGCCUUUAUAAUAAGAACUUCUCUCAAGUGUUCAUGUAAUUUCUUGAGUAGGAGAGUGUUCUAUCUUGGAUAUUAUAGCUACCUUUGCAUUAUAGCAGAACUGCCUCACACUUUUUAGUAGGAAGUAAAGCAUACAAAUUUAAAUACACAUACACUCAUAGAAAAAUUAUCAGUUGGGGUCAUUUUAACAAUGAUGUGUGAUUCACUGUUUAAAUCUCAGAUCCCAGGAAAAAGUUCUUCACUUGCUUGUAGACAUUUUUGUUCCAUGGAUGAACCAUCAGUGUAAUUUUCAUUAGCAUAAUUAGAGGUGGGAGUCAGGCCAUACUGAGGAUUGAACCCCGGAGUGUUGUACCACUGAGAGAUGUUCCCAGCUCUUUUAUUGACACCGAGUCUUGCUAACUUGCUGAAGCUGACCUUGAACUUGAAAUCCUGCUGCCUUAGCCUCCUGAGGUGCUGGCAUUGCAGGCCCAUACCACCAUACCUUCCAAAGUCCUAAUUUGGCAGCUUAGCACGUCAUUUUUUAGGCAGCUUGACAACAGUAAUAAAUGGAAUUCAUUAAUGUCAAAUAAAGCUUUGUCAUAUACCCCUUCACCAAGUUAUUAUACAUCCAGUAGUCUCUGGAAUGUACAGACCUAGUAUGAACUUUUUUGUUAAGUUGCUCCCCACUUAGUUCCUUUCUGUCCCCUUUAAAUUGCUGCUUGAACCGGGCAUGGUGGCGCACACCUGUAAUCCCAGUGGCUCGGGAGGCUAAGGCAGGAGGAUGGCGAGUUCAAAGCCAGCCUCAGCAAAGCAACGCUCUGAGCAACUCAGUGAGAGACCCUGUGUCUAAAUAAAAUACAAAAUAGGGCUAGGGAUAUGGCUCAGCAAUCAAAAGAUUGCUGCCUGAGAUGCCUGGAAGGUACCACCACAAGGUAAAGACCUUCCGUAUCUACUGAUAGCUUGAAGGUGGUUCUGGCCUAUUUUCUUAGCUGUAUUCACAGAAAUGGAUUUUUGGAUGUUUCUUGGGACUGUUCCUGACCAGAGAAGACCUGGCCAGGGUGUAUUAACCCACAUUAACAUCAAUAUCAGUUGGCUUGCUGCCAUGAGGUCCAGAAUAGUACCAAAAUUUCACUAUUGAGAUGUAAAAGAUUCCUUGGAAAAAUAAUGCAGCUGAUGAUAGAGGUGACAAGGAUUCAUUAACUCCACACGGAGGGCUUUGAGUUUUUUGUUUUUUUUUUUAGAAUAAUGUCCUAUUGAAAUUUUAUUAUCUUUCAGAAAAAUUAGAAUUCUUUUCCAAACUUCCCAGUUUGCUCUUUUGGGAUAGGAAACAGGGAUUUGCUUUUAUUUGUAAUUAAAGAUAAGUUAUUAAACAACAAAAUUCAUAAUAUAUUGAUUUUUAAGGACAAAAGUAAAGUUUUAGAAUUAUAAAAAUACUUAAAUAUUAUGUAUUUUCCAUUUCACAAUUGACUAUUCUUUCUCCCUGUGGCUUUUACAUUUUUGGCUAUUUUACAAUGUUAGUCACUAGGUAACUUGCCAUAUUUCUAGUUCUAUAUUAAAUUCUGCCCUUCACAGUGUUGUAGCAAAAAGUUGGUUCUUACCGUUUGUCUAUAGGAAGAAGAGUCUUACUUCUUCCAGUGAAAUUUUCAUUUUCCUCAGAAAAUAGCCGUUUGUCUUUCUUAUUCAUAUUGGAUUGUUCAAGCUGAAAAGAAAUUUGGGGAGAAAGGAUAGGGUUCUUUCCUUGUAAAUUUAUGUCAUUGCCUUAAGAAUGUAGUCAUUUUGUUGCUUUAUAUAACUCAUAUGCUCACAGACUACUUUAAAUCAGGAGAAAUAAUUAUAUGUAGCAAUUAAGUAACAUGCAUGCAUUUUUAAUCCAAUAUUUCUUGGCAAAAUGCAGAAUUCUGAUUGGGCAUUUUUUUUUAGGCCACAUUACCUCAGGCUUCAUGUUUGCUUUUUUGACCCUGACUUUAAGGCAUAAAUAUUUAUGUGUCUUUAUUGGUGAUAGUGAUGCUGUGACACUAAACAUUUUGUGUAAGAGGUUAAUACAAGAAAAACUGCAGAGAUUAAGUUGAAAGCACUUCUGCAGUCUUUGAACUGCAGUCACAGCAUUGUAGACAAAAUAAAAAUGUUCAUAUCUGAGUAUAUUUUUUGCAAUUUCGCCCUGAGGCCAGAUUUUCUGGUAGAGCACAGUUAAAAGUAACAUAAUUCUGGGUUUUUGGAAAUACCCUGCAGUUGGCAGUCUUCUUUUCAAUCUGUAAAGCAAGAAUGUGGGCAAUAGUUGGCACUGAAUGUUUUCACCUAAAGAGUAAGAAAAGGCAUACAGAAUUGGAUUAUGCACUUAGCUCUGAAAAAUCUAGAAAACAUACAGUCAAAUACUAUGUAACUGGACAAAGCCAGAAGAACCUUUGGAAGGUUUGUCUGGAAACAGUUUUCAUGGGUGAAUUUUGAUUAAACUGCUCACUAAAUUGGGUACUCACAAAUGUUUUUAUAUUUCACAUCAUUAAGUAAGGCAAUUCUGAACUAAUAACCUUUUAGUAAGUUUGAGGAACUAGCCAUUUUAGCAAGUGAGCUAAAAACAUUUGGGGGGCUGAUGUCCUUAAAAGUAGCCUUAUACUUUGAGAAAUUCUUAACUUUUUGUUAGUGAUGUUAAGGGAGGUGUCCUUAGGGUGACCAGCUGCCCUCAUGUGCCUGGACUGAGGGGUUUCCUGGAUGCAGGACUCUCAGUACAAGAACUAGGCAAGACCCAGAAAGAGGUGACUACCUCAGGUGUUCCCGUGAUGAACCCUUACUCCCUGACCUAGUUAUGGUUGCUACUAUGGUUGUCAAUGUUUCUAAUUCUAAGGUAUGUAUCCUCUAGGCACUUAUUGUGAAUGGAAUAAUAGCUAAAAGCACCAAAAUGAUGAGAUAAGGGUGACCCAGGAAUGGUAACUGGGUGAAAAGUGGUAUAUAGAGGGGACAACUAGACAGCCAAGUUCUUGAGAAUAUGUGUAUAUUCAGUACAAAUCACGUUUCUUUCGGGGGUUAAAUUUAAUGUGAAAUUUAAAUUUUUCACAGUAAACAAAAACUUGCGUGUGGUUGUGGAUUUCUCUCAGAGGGAAUAUAUGGCCUUUGAUGCUCUGACCUCUCUUACAUCUUGUAGUCUCCUCUCACGAAACCAGAAUGUGGUAUUUUAUUUUUGGUGAAUGUUGUGUAUUGAAAUUAUUAAACACCAUCAGCAAAUAACAGGUGAAGGAUUGGGUGUCCUGGUUAUAGACUGACCCAUCUGCUCUCCAAUCAUAAGUCCUCCUACUCCUUAGGUGCUUCCCAGCUGAACUCUGAGCGUGUGAGCUGAGAUUUUCUGAGGCAGCAUCACCGUGCUGCAGUACGAUGGAUGUGGACUCCUCUUGCUCCUCUCUACUAGUCCUUUGGCUGCAUCCUCCGUGCACCGCAAUGGAGACUUAAGUGUGUUCUUUGUAAGCUUUUCUCCUAUGGUUGUCAGAAAAUUGAUGUGGUUCCUUUUUUUUUUUUUAAUUGAACAGUGAGCUGAGGCUUUAUUACAUCUGGUUUUCAAGUUGAAAUUGUGACAUACUGAUUUCCUUCCCCCGCCCACACCAAAUAUUUUAGUCUAUUUAAAGUAUUAAAUAGUUCUGCUUAAGAAAACAUUGCUUAAAUGUCCUGUGAUUUCUGGUCAAUUUUUAUAUAUAUAUUUGUGUGCAACUGUGUGUGCUUUCACUUUUUAUGUUGUUUACUUUUACCUGUGUUAACAGUACUGUUGCCAUUGAAAGAUGGACGGUUAUCCUAGCAUUAAAAAGAAAGCCAUUUGAGUUGUU